GUUCUUGACUGGAUCUAAUUGCUUGUCUUAGUGAUUAAUUUUUUAAUUAUUAUUAGUAUUUUGGUUUUACAAUUAGCUGAUUGUUGUGGUUUAAAAGGUUAAGUAUCUUUUCGGAAUAUUUUUCUCUUUUAAAUCUGUUCAGGUUGGAUUUUGAUGUUUCAAGGCAACUAAAGGUUCCCGUCGGGUUAAAUUGUUACAAUCGAAGGACAAAUUGUCGAAAGGGUUAACACUUUUACUUUUAAAAUGGUUAAUCUCAAUGUCAAUAGAAUGAAAAUCGUCUGUUGUUUACCGUUUUGAAAAGGUUGUGACCUAAGACCUUGUAUCGGGUUUAGGGUUAAGCUAAACAACGAAAAGGGUUGUAGGUUAACUAGAAUAGUAAUAGAAAGUCCAAGGUCAGAUUCGAUUUGUCAAUUGUAAUGGAAGGAGAAAAGAAAAGAAAACAAAACAAAAACUGUAACUUUUUCUUUCUCAUGAUGAUUUUCCUUCAAUCUAAUCACAUAUGUUCACUUUAAUGUAAACAUAAACUCUAACCUUUUUACCCUUAACCUUAUCACCUCCUUAUAAAGGCCACCAUAUGAACGAGAAAUCAACGGGUUACAAGGUCGUGACACCAAUAUUCUGUGUAAAUCUCAUCUCACUCUCAAUAUAUUAUUUAAUAUUCUAACAAUUUAAAUGUACUAACAAUUAUCAUCUUAGACACAAUGAUGAUUCUGAGUGAAAAAGAUCUACAGUUAUUAUCAUCCAUGUCAAAUACGAAUAUCACUUCGGAAGCUGAUUCAAGUUUUAAAGACAGUGAAUUAAAAAUUGAAUUUGAUGGAACCACAGUUCUAUGUCGGUGUGGUGAUCGAGCCUCAGGGUUUCAUUAUGGUGUUCAUUCAUGUGAGGGUUGUAAGGGUUUCUUUCGUCGUUCAAUUCAACAGAAAAUUCAAUAUCAACUCUGUACUAAAAAUCAACAAUGCUCAAUCCUCAGAAUAAAUCGGAAUAGAUGUCAAUAUUGUCGUUUAAAAAAGUGUAUCGCUGUUGGAAUGUCUUUAAACGCUGUUAGAUUUGGACGUGUACCAAAACGUGAAAAGGCUAAAAUACUCGCAGCCAUGCAAAAGGUAAACGCUAAUUGUCAAGAGAAACAAUUAACUGAACAAUUGGAAGAUGAAAGUCGAUUGUUAUUAAAUAUUUUACAAGCUCACGAGGAAAACUGUGAUUAUACCAAAGAAAAGGUUAUCCCGUUAAUUGAGAAAGCUCGAGCUAAUCCAGUUUACGCUCGAUGUCCAUCAACAAUGGCCUGUCCAUUGAAUCCACUUCCACCCUCAAUUGAAAAUGGUGGUGGUGUUGGUCCACCUGAUGGUGUAAUGGAAGAUUUUAGUGAAAGAUUUUCACCCGCCAUCAGAGGUGUCGUUGAAUUUGAUAAACGAAUCCCCGGUUUUGCAAUGUUAUCCCAAGACGAUCAGAUAACUUUACUCAAAGCGGGUGUUUUCGAGGUGCUUUUAGUACGUUUGGCUUGUAUGUUUGAUAAAUCGACCAAUUCAAUGAUCUGUUUAAACGGAAUGGUUCUUAAACGUGAUUCCCUUCAUUCACAAUCAAGUGCUAGAUUUUUACUUGAUUCAAUGUGGUUCUCUGAGAUGCUCAAUGCACUUGGAUUAACCGAUCAUGAGAUUGCCCUUUUCUGUGCGGUUGUUGUCAUCUCACCCGAUCGACCUGGUCUUCGUAAUACUGAUCUAGUUCAAAAGAUUCACCGUAAAUUGGAUGAUCUCCUUCAGAAAGCAAUCAUUUCAAACCAUUCCGAUAAUCCUGGUCUAUUCAGUGAACUUAAGAAAAAAAUUCCCGACCUUCGAACUCUAAAUACACUUCAUUCAGAGAAACUUUUAGCAUUCAAAAUGGGUCCUAAAAAUGGUCAACAAUCACAACAAUCACAACAAUCACAACAACAACAUCAACAACAAUCAAAUGGUUAUCAUAAUUUAUCAGCAUCCUCAUCACCUGUAUCACCAAUUUCAUCAUCAUCACUUUCAUCAUUAAAUCAUCACAAUGGUAACAGCAAUAGUAGCUCAGACGGAGACAGAAAUUGUAACUCACCUGGAAAUAUGAAUACAACAUCUACCUGUUCAUAUGCCUCAUUAUUACCCGUUCAAUGGCAAAAUUUCACGAUUCGGGACAAUAACGAUGGACCUACUUCAUCAUCUUCAUCUUCAUCCUCAUCUUCAUCUAAUUCAUCAUUAUUAUCGCGAACGACCAAUAACAUCAAUAAUUCAAAUAACAUUAACACCAAUAGCUCAUCUUAUGGUUUAAAUGAAGAUGAAAGUUUAUCAUCAUCAUCACCAGGAUCAUAUGAUAGGAACAGUGUAACCUCAUCAGAUCACAUUUUAAUUACCAAAUCAACUAAAAGUGCCAACGGAUUAAAUAAUAACUCUAAUAAUAAUAACAAUAGUACUAAUCAUUAUACAAACUCUAAUUAUCAUCAUCACCAUCAUCAUCAUUUAAAUGGUCACAAUCAACAAAAUAACACCUCAAAUAGCAGUUCAUCAUUAGCAAAUCAUUUUAUUCUUGGUCAACGAUUACUUCAACAAUCAACUAAUUCAACAAUAGAUACCAGUUCAAAUAUAAACAAUAAGAUGAGAGAUAAUAACAAAUCUGGUUGCCCUCGAGAUAAUUUAAUCAAUUCAUUUAAUCAUCAUCGUUAUCAAGAAAAUAACAACCAUCAUCAUAAUAACCAUUAUGAUAAUUAUCUCUCUCUCUCUCUCUCUCUCUCUCUCGACUUGUGUCGGCCAAUGGUUGGUUGAAAUUCGUCGUCGAACUGAAAUGGAAAGUCUGAGUGCUCUUCAGGCUAAAUCAGUCGCUCUAGAACAAGACUCUGUUCGUGCUCUAUCGGUUCGAUGUGCCUAAGUUUCAGUUCGAAAGGUUCGAUUUGCUUCCGUUCAAAUUAUCGAUGAUAUUGAUAUUCUCAUCGACAAUUUACCAGUAACUUGUGGACGACUUCGAGAUUGUCAACACGAUUUCAACAUAAUCUACAGUAACAUUGUUAAUCUUGUCGAUACUUGUGCUCGUGGUCUUUUACGAGCACAAGUAUCGACACCAACUUGAUUAACCGAUUUCGAAAUUUACAUAAUUGUAUAUAUAAAUUAAAUGUAAUCACUGUAAUUAUUGAGUAAAAAAUUUACCGAUUUGAAAUCAUGUUU